AUGGCUUGGCAGUCUCCUUCGAUCAUGGCCGGGGGUGGAGGGUAUGUCGGACCCGGCGACGGGUCGUCGAACGGACAACCUCAGGGGACGGAAUACACGUUGCAAGGUGUGAUGCGCUUUCUGCAGACCGAAUGGCAUCGGCACGAACGAGACCGCAAUGCGUGGGAAAUCGAGCGCGCGGAGAUGAAAUCCCGCAUUGGACGACUGGAAGGCGAUGUCCGAACGAGCAAGCGUUUACAGGAGUCGCUAGGCAAGCACGUCAGACUACUGGAAGCUGCGCUAAAAAAGGAGCGCGAGAAGGUCAAAAAGCUCAGCAACAACGAAAGCAUUGAUGACGCGAGGGACCCCAAGGAAAUCGCUCGGGAGAGCCUGGGCGCUCUCAAAUCCCAACGCCCCAAGUCGCAUCUCGACCUCGGCGAUUCCGACCCUAACUACGAACACCAACACGAAUUCCAGCAAGAGAAUGAGCGAGACAAGUCGCGCCUGUACUUGACGAAAUGCUCCCAAGAAAUUACGUACCACGUUAUUCCUACCUCACAUCCGCCUCCCGAUCUCAGUGACCCGGACCUCGCCAAUCCCAUGUACGGCAACCAACAGCUGUCGCAGCACAGUCUGGAAGAAGCGUAUAUUCAGCAGCAAAGGCAAAAGCAGCAGCAUCAGCAACAACAGCAAGCCAACCAUAUGAUGGCACGCGAGGUCUCCCUUCAGAACCACCAGCCGAUCGUGACCCAUUACCCCGAAAACGCAGGGCUCUCGCGACCAACGAACCAGUUCGGCUUGCCGGGCCCCGCCCGGGAGGCGCUGGAUCGAAGGCCCCUGGAACCACAACAAACGCAGGUGACUGCGAUUGACAAUCGGAGGCAGGCUCAUGACCCCUCGAUGGUGGACGAACGCACUGGCGGAGAGAGACAGGGAGAUGAUGGCUAUGGUGCCCAGGUAUCGGUGAGGGAAGAGACAAAACCACAACAGAUUGAGGACAGCGUCGAGGACCCAGACGGCUGGAACUUUGAUGAGCCAUCAGACCAGGAACCGCCCACGGAACCGAUGCCGCCUCAUCGGCCCGAUGUCGACGUCUUUCCCAAUGCGAACUUUGUCCGCCAAAAGUCCCCUUCUAGGCCUGGAUCUAUGUCACACCGACGAAAGAGCUCUGGCACCAGACGCAAGAGUGACGGGGCCAUCGAUCUGAGUUCUAAUGCGGGUGCCAAACAGGAUACUUCCUUCAAGGUUCGAUUCGCUCUGCGCGGCCAUCUCGAUGUUGUCCGCUCCGUGAUAUUCACGGGCGGUGGCAGCCCUUCUGAACCCGAGAUUUGCACGUGUAGCGACGAUGGAACGAUCAAGAGAUGGAUUAUCCCGGCCUCGUUCGGCAGCCUUGGCCACCAUGGCCCUGGUUCAAGCAAUGAUCUGGAUAUUACCAGUUACUUCACUCACCGAGGACACGUUGGCGCCGUGACUGCACUGGCGGCCUGCUCGCCGGCGCAAAACAUCUCCAACGGCGGUCGCGCUCUGGGUGAUGGCUGGGUGUUCUCUGGUGGUCAAGAUGCGAGCGUGCGUGUUUGGGAGCGAGGACGAGUUGACCCCAAAGCCACUCUGGACGGCCAUACCGAUGCCGUGUGGGGUCUGUGUGUUCUUCCAGGAACCACCGGAUCCGUAUUCGGGGACUCGUGCAGUAGUCACGGAGGCUCCGACCGUAUCCUGUUGGCAUCGGGCGGCGCGGACGGACACAUCUUGAUCUGGGCUGUAAGUGCGCCUCCGCAAAUUUCGUCACCGCAGGCUGGUUCCCGAAGAGCCGGAGGCAGUCGUCGGGCCAAUUCCAUCUCGUCGGGAUCCAACUUCCCAUCCUCCCCUCAACCCAGUACGGCAACGGCCACGCCGUUCCACUACAGCCUUGUCCAUAAAAUCGCCCGACAGGACUCCCCAUCUCCGACCUGCAUCAGUCCAUUGUCUCUCGCGGGCGUAAACUUUGUCGUUUCAUUCUCCGACGCUUCAAUCCUUGUCUACGACACGCGAACCGGGGAGGAGAUCGUUGGAAUGGCCAGCCUGGAGACAUACGAUGGAACGCCGUCGACGGGUGUCAACUCAGUUGUGGCAUCUACUGUCGGGUUUGACGGCUCCGCUGGCUUGGAUCCGAACCGAGCAAUGGUAGAGGAAGAGGUAGUUCACGGCGCCACUGGUUCAAGUGGCGUGGAGGGAGUGGUAAUUAGUGGAUACGAGGACAAGUAUAUUCGCUUCUUUGACGCGAAUAGUGGACAAUGUACGUACACAAUGUUGGCUCACCCGUCUGCGAUUGCAUCACUCUCGCUGUCGCCAGAUGGGCGUGAAUUGGUGUCCGCUGGCCACGAUGCUAGCCUGCGAUUUUGGAACCUCGAAAAACGAAAUUGCACCCAAGAAAUCACCAGUCAUCGGGUGAUGCGUGGUGAAGGGGUGUGUUCCGCCGUUUGGAGCCGUGAUGGCCGUUGGGUCGUUAGUGGUGGCGGUGACGGAGCAGUCAAGGUCUUCUCCAGAUAA